AAAAAUUUACCUCAUAUAGUUUAUUUAAGCAUUCAUGCGCUAAUGAUGUCAAAACGAUUGGUUACUUUAUAAUAUUUCCUUACUUGAUAUUCCGAUUCAAUUAUUUCAGUUAUAAUGAUUUUGUGUUAAGUGUUUGUUAUAUUGACUUACAAUAAUGACAGGAAAUCUUCUAUUUUGGUUCAUUUUGGUGGUAAAGGCGAAGGCAGUUACCUUCCUCCACGACCCUUCGUAUGUAGAAAUAAUGCCACCAGAAAAAGCCACAGAUUUCGGUUCAACCUUGGCUUAUCAUACUAAAAUGCAAAGCUUGGUGGUCGGCGCACCCUUCAGCGAUUUAAAUGGGAAAGUAUAUCAAUGCCCCAUAAAUGGUGAUGUAUUGAAAAACAAGAAAAUAGUGUGCAGCCAACUUCCUAUAAACAUCACCAAAGAAGUUCCAAACUAUAGCAGAUCAAAAAGUCCAGACCAGCACUUCGGGCUCGGAGCUUCUAUAAGUGUUACGCCUGAGUAUAUCUUCACCUGUGCCCCGUUGCUAACCUUAGAUAUUCCUACAUCGGGUGGCAAUAUGUUUGGUGCAUGUGGUACCUGUUUUGUUAGCAAUGGGACAACAACAAACCGCUACGUUGGCAUCGUAGAACAAUAUGAACAAGACAUGAACACGAAACAUACUACCAAAAUUGAUAUUAAUCAUUUCUAUGGAGGUGUUGGCUGGACCACGUUAUCAGACGUUGCCAAUAAGUUGAUAAUCCUAGCCAAGCCCAUGCCUGUUAGUACUUUAAACUUUGUAGACAUGGACCAACCGUUAAUGGCAGUCAAAGAGGUAGAUGCUGUACACGAGAAUGUGGCAGCUAAUUACAAAUAUAUAGGUGGUGCAUUGGCUUAUGGAACGUUUUUCAAGGGUUAUCCAAAAUUAUACGCAUUUAGCGCAGAUAGAGAUAUGAGGUUUGGUUUUAUUGCAUUUCUUUCAUAUAACGAUCAAGUCAAGAAGAUGGACUUAUUGAAAUUUGGAACUCGCAGACCUAAAGUAGUGUUGAUAAAAGACGAUAAAGUUGGUUCAAUGUUCGGCUCGACACUUCACAGCGCAAACCUUUGUAACAGUAACUAUACGGAUUUACUUGUGGGUGCGCCCGCGCAGGUGAACGUUGAAGGAGGUUACGAAAGCGGCGCUGUUCAUAUUUAUACGGGAGGUGUUCCUCUUGAUACCGAGUUUCCAAGGUUCAAAAGAUUGUGUAUAUACAGUAACAAGGAUGCUUCAAGGUUUGGGUCCAGCAUUACUACCACCGACCUUGAUGAAGAUGGCUAUCCAGAAAUUUUUAUAAGUGCUCCCUACGAAGAUGGUGGGAAGGGCUCUGUAUACAUCAUUUCUGGAUACGAGGUGAACCAGCUCUUCAGUAAGAUAAAGACAUUGGAUAUCCAGUCAGUUCCAAUUUCUGACUUGGUCCACACGCAAAUAAUUCAAAAUCCAGGACUACAGACCUUGGGGUUUAGUCUCCAGGCUUUGCCGGUGCCACCUUUUGAUGAAUCUGGAGCGUACUUUUUGGCCAUAGGCUCUCCCAAAAGCAGUAAAGUUGCAUUAUAUCGUAGUAUACCCAUAAUUAAAGUGGAUAUAAAAGCACGACUCAAGGAUGUUGAAAGAGUUAGAGAACAAGACAAAAAUUUUACAGUGUCUGUAAUUGUGGACAUAACAUACCCAUCAAAUCUGAAAGUGAUUACUGGAAAAAUCAUAAUAACAACGAGGAUAGAAGGUGACGCAGGAUGGAUAGAAAAAGACAAUUAUUAUGAAAUUAUGUUAUCAAAAAAACCAACUCACAAUGUUACCGAUGUUGUUGUUUUGUUGGGUAACUACAAAAAGGGUUUAUACAAGUUUAAUGCAACAGUGCAGUCAGCUACCGAAAAUUUAAAACGUAAAGAUUUCGACUCAUCGUUAGUGGACAUAAGUCCACUUAGUAAAACCACGGUGGAGUUCAGUAUCAUGCGAGAAUGUCAGGGGGAGGACUGCGUGCCAAAUUUGUCCUUGACGUUCCAGUGGUUGGGCAGCAACAAAACGCACUACACCCUCGGUUCGACUGCAUCUGAGACCAUGUCACUGGUCGUUCAAAACGACGGUGGCGCAACCUUUGGAUCUUGUGCUCGUAUUAAAGUCACUGGAGCAAAGGUAGAACUUCUAGAAUGUAACACCGAGGAAGGCUGGUACAAAUGCGAUCUGACCGAUAUUGAGAGGUAUACGACGCGCAGUAUACCAAUUCACCUGGAUAUGAGCAAACCCACGAACAAGGAAUCAAGUCUUAUGAUAGAGGUUAUGCUGUAUAACGUUUGCACUAAACCUAACAUGGAGAACUAUACCAAAACGAUACCGUACGAGUUCAACACAGACGGCAUUUACUUCAACAGUACGAACUUCAAUCAAAUUAUCACGGAUGUUGAAAUCGAGGAUGUGGAAGCGGGCCCAUAUUACAUAGACAUCAACGAGUUAUUUACGGUGACGAAUAAAGGAAUAAUGGCAUGGAGUUCAUUGCCUUUGGAGAUUUAUUUACAAGAGGAAUCUUUUAUCGCGGACUAUUUAAUACAAAUCGAUGUAGGUGACUGUACAAAGGAUGAGGUGCAACUCAAAUAUAAUUGUGUCGUGGACCUUGAACCAGAUACUACUGUAAAAGUGCAAGGCACUGUUACCUUAGUUAAAGAUAAAAUUAGGGAAAUCUUAAUAAAAGAUAAAUUAAAAGUAGUCUCUCAUUUUAAAUUGCACAUGAAGCCAACUGUGAGGACACUCGAUAAAAUGUAUAUAACAAAAAUUCUGUAUCAAAAGACCACAAGCCUAAAGAACAACAUUUACAUGGUUAUUGCUAUAGCUGUUUCUUUGGGUGUCUUCGUGAUGGCUAUCAUUAUAAUCGCAUUGUUCAAAGGCGGUUUUUUCAAGAGGAAGGAGAAACAGAAAUUGGUUGAACUAAAACACGAGAUAAGAAAACAGAGUAUCCGCCGGCCUGCAAUCGAUGACCUUCCUCAGUGUGUGAUAGGGCCUGAAUCUGAAGACCAAGACCAAGAUAAUGGAAGCACAGGAACUAGCUCUAGUGAAAAGUUAUUAUUGUUGUUAUCAGCAAAGCCUUGACGACGACUUCGACCAAAGGAAAAAACCAGAAACUCGAACGUAUGGUGAUGACGAUGCUAGUAGAGAAUCUUAUAACAAUUUAUUAUAAUGAAUCUACAAUAUUAUUUGUAAAUAUUAGCCCUUAUUGUU